CUUUUGAGAAUGACCCAUCCCAGAACCAGCCUGCUGUAUUCACAGUGUUGUAUAUGCACCUUGAUGUCUUGGUCUGACAGUCCGGAAACAGAAGCACUGUAAUUCUGUGGGCAUUCAACAACUGUGUUCUGUCUUAGAGUUAUUUGUUAGUAUAAAAAUGAUUGAACCAGAAAGCUGGACAUGCACAAACUGAAUUAGGGCUGAAGAAAGGAAACUGCUUCCAAAUAUUUGACUUCUAAGCUUGCUAUGUCUGCUUUCACAUUUGUAGAAUGGGGAUAAUACUAGUACUCUGAAGGUAUUGUAAGACUUCAAAAUACAUGUAAUUCCUUGUUUGGUUAUCGUACUGAAGGAGAAAUUUCAGAACUGUUUGGAAACAGCACCUUCAGCUUUCUUUAAGCAAACUGCUCACAUCCUGAUACUAUUUCCCCAGAAUGUGUAAUCUUUGAUUCACAAGGAAGCUGGAAUGUGGCAACGUUCACAUGCAUUCUCAGAUCAAGAUUCUCUGCAAAGAAAUGGUCGACGUUAUGAUGGUGGUGUGAAGCCAAAAUUUAAUGUAAAUCAAGUAGCAAUUACGCAGGUUGUCAGCUACAACUUGAGCAGGAAAGGACAGUGGGAAAGAGCAUCCUGGAGGCCAUUCACCCACAGCCACUACAGCCCUCUCAAUGUUACAGUGAAUGGCAUCCCCUGCAUUCUCUUCUGGGCCAAGAGGAUCAUGAUUAAGUUUGAAAACCACACACAGCUGGAUUUGACGGAGAAGACGUUUGGUGUCCAUGCAACAGUGGAUGUUGGAGAUUCAAACUGCAGCGAAGACAGUGCAAUGCUUUCUCUGAAGUUUGGUGACAUUGGCAAUCUAAAGGGACUUGUUAUUAGAUUCUUGUUAACAGCCAGCUAUUACCAGCUGUCUGUUCAGAACUGGUUUAGUUUACACAGACUGCAGCUUCUUUACAACCACUCCAUACAGGCAACGUUCAAUGCAACCAGAAUAUAUGCACCAGCAAGUUACUCCUACCACUGUGAACACGUGAGCAGCUUGCAGAGAUACGAUGCACUUCUUGUACCCAGCUCUGCAAAUGAUCUUUCAAAGCUUUGGGAAGUCACUUUUAUUGAUUUCCAGAUUCAAGGUUUUAACAUUCAAGAAGGACAUUUUGCCUAUGCAAAAGACUGUGCAUCCAUUUUCUCUCCAGCGAUACUUAUGGGACUGGUUAUGUCACUGAUUCUGCUGUUGGUUCUUGCCUACGCUCUUCAUAUGUUGAUCCACCUGAAAUCUCUUGACAGGCACUAUGAAUGCAAAGCUUCGCCUGCCUAUUUUACGCAGAUGAAAGACAAUGACAUGGGAGAUGAGAAAGAGCCACUGAGAAGCAGUGGAAACGAGUCCUAUGAACUUAGAAACCAACAGUUCAGUAAAAUCUAUAUUUAGCAGUAUGCAUCUGUCUCAGUGAAACAAGUGGUAUUUUCUUCCUCUGGCACUGUUGUAUGUAGGUUGUGCAGGAUUUUCACCAACUGAUGAAAGGAAAAGUAGGUAACAGACUGUUUAACCAGUUACUGUCUGUUAUUUACUGAUAACCUCAAAGAUGACUUGGGAAACAAGAUGAGAGGAAAAAAAAUGCCAUUGUAAGAGAUUUCAUGUUGUGGGAGUUUAUUCCUGUAGUACAAAACCAAGAUGCAUGUAUUUUCAUCCAGUUUAUCAAGUCUUGAAGAGAGAAUCAGUAAUGGACACUUUGAAAUUAAAUACAGAUAGAAAAAGUUGUAAAAUAAAAUAUCUCUUUGCUUAUUCUUUCAGAAGGCAA